AUGUCGGCCCAUGGCAACGCGGACUCGUUUGAUUCCGAGGCAACUCGCAAAAGCAAAUCGAAAUCACCAUUCAGCCCACAACUUUUCGGCCACCUUCCUGAUCGCACUGAAGAUGCCCUGGCCACGUUUCAGCAAAUCAAAGAGUGCUCGUACGCGCACAGGGACUACGGCUACACUGAACAUGCUAUGGAGUGUGACUGCUCCGAGGAGUGGAAUCACAAAGCUCAACAAAACCUGGCCUGUGGCGAAGAUUCCGACUGCAUCAACCGAGCCACCAAAAUUGAGUGCCUGAACGAGUGUGGAUGUGGCGAUAAUUGUCUCAAUCAACGCAUGCAGAAGAAACAGUAUGCCAAGGUUGCGGUCAUUCAAACCGAGAAGAAAGGGUUCGGACUUCGGGCAGAAACAGACCUAGAGCCCCAUCAAUUGAUCUACGAGUAUGUCGGGGAGGUGCUCGGAGAAAAGGAGUUCCGCCGCCGCAUGCGACAAUACGAUGAUGCUGGAAUCAAACACUUCUAUUUUAUGUCUCUCAGCAAAGGCGAGUUCGUGGAUGCGACCAAGAAAGGCAAUUUGGGACGUUUUUGCAACCAUUCCUGCAACCCUAACUGCUACGUCGACAAGUGGGUGAUUGGCGAGAAGCUACGCAUGGGUAUAUUUACCGAGCGGGCCGUGCAAGCUGGUGAGGAACUCGUCUUCAACUACAAUGUUGACCGCUACGGCGCCGAUCCCCAACCUUGCUACUGUGGCGAGCGCAAUUGCAGCGGCUUUAUCGGCGGACGGACCCAGACAGAGCGUGCCACCAAGUUGUCAAAUUCCACAAUCGAAGCGCUGGGUAUCGACGAUGACGAAGGCUGGGACACCGUUGUAUCGCGCCGUUUCCGCCCGAAGAAGUUAGAUCCAUACGACGAGGAGUAUGUGGACAGCGUGCAACUCAAGUCGCUGGACGAGGACGCUGUGACUAAGGUCAUGACAACUCUCAUGCAAUGUCAAGAGAAAUGGAUCGCAGUCAAGUUGCUAGGUCGUGUUCAGCGAUGCGAGACCGAGAAAGUCAGCAACCGCGUGAUCAAGAUGCACGGCUACCAGAUUUUGAAGUCGCAACUUACAAUGUGGGCUGAUGAUACAAACGUAGUCCUACAGAUUUUGGAUAUUCUGGAAAGACUCCCGUGUCUGACGCGCAACAAGAUCAUCGAUUCGAAAAUUGAGACCGCUGUCAAGCCAUUGGCUAGCCAUGAAAAUUUGACUAUUCGGGGCAAGGCCGAAGAACUAAUCACCACCUGGGCCAACCUCGAGGUUGGAUAUCGCAUCCCACGAAUGACCAGGGAUAACCAGGCUCGUCAGAAUGCCAACACGUAUGCCCGCCGUGAUAUCAGCAACAAUGCCGGAGACUACAGAUAUGCGUUUGAAAACAGUACUCACAACAACCAACCAGUGGUGCGUUCCGUCACACGAUCUGCCUCCCGGUCUGCCUCCCGAUCUGUCUCGCCAGAUAUCGAAACGACCCGGAAUCGCAAAUGGGCUCGGCCUGCAAUGGGCUCACGACGCCAAAGAUUCAGCCAAAAGCCACUACCGUAUGGCUGGUUCGUGCUCCCUCCAGAAGAAGGCCGACGUCGAAUUUACUACGGGCUCAAUGCCGAACCCCAACAUGAACGCCCAACGGCACCUGACCCUGGACCUGACCUGCAGAAGGUUGAGGAUAACUUGCAGCGCGUGAUGGCAAAAAUCAGCGAGGAAGGAAAGAAGAUUCAACUGGAGAAGGCACGAGAGAAGAUGAAGGCCAGAUUGGCACGCGAGGCGCUCGAGAAUCCGCCACCAGUUAUCAAAGAAGAUGAAAAGUGGAAGCGUCUACCUUUGGAGAAGCAGAAGAAGGUUUACGAAAAUACUAUGUUCCCCUACAUCAAGGUCGUCGUUGAUCAGUACAAGCACAAGAUUCCUAAGGAGCAUCUCAAGCGAUUUGCUAAAGAGACUGCCACCAAGCUUGUUGAAGGCGACUACAAGAAAGGUCGUGUGACUGACCCGACCAAGAUUAGCGAGAAACACCAGCACACUAUCAAAGCGUUCUGCAGGACUUACUUCGACAAAGCUGCUGCCAAACAAAAGUUGCGUGAGGAAUCCGCAUCUCUCAAGCGUAAGCGGGAUGAUGAGAGUGCGGUGGACAUUGAUGGAGCCCAGGGAGAGACUGUCUCCCUGUGA